GUUUUUACCUUUUAAAUGUAAUUUUUUUGUUUCAAACAUAUUUUAUUUCCCAAAUUACACAUAAUUACAAUUUUCAACAUACGAUUUCUAGAAUUAUAAGAGCCAGAUUUUUUCCUUCUCUUCCUUCCCUCCCCCUACUCAGAAAUGGCAAGCAAUUUGAUCUGGGCCAUAUCUGUAUUAUCAUGCAAAACACACUUCCAGAUUGAUCAUUAUGGAACAAACCCUCUAAAUAAAACCAGAAAUAGACUGAUAUGAAAGACGACUCCAACAGUCCUUUCUCUGGAGGGGGAGAGCCUUCCCUAUCACAAGUCCUUCGGGAUUGCUCCAGAUCCUUGCAGUGCUGAGAGCAGCCAAGUUUUCACAGAUAGUCAUUGUCCAAUGUACCAUGUUCUCCCAGUUCUGCUUAUUUUGCUCUGUAGCAGUUCAUGGAGAUCUUUCCCACUUUUUCUGAAGUCCUCCCGCUUAUCAUUUCUUCUAGCACAUCCAUAGAAGUUUAAGGUAGGUGCUACCUCACAGAAUUGUCAGGAAGACCAGAUAAGAAAAUAAUGGAAAGCAUUCUGCAUGACUCAAAAUGCCAUUCAAUCAAUCAAUGAACAUUUAUUAAACACCUACUAUGUGCUAGGUACAAUGCCAAGUGCUAGAAACACAAAUCAAGGUAAAAGGAGCUCACAGUAGGAGACAACACGAAGAAGAGAGAUAUACAGGAUAAACAGGUAAUUAUUCAAAGGGUGAAGGUUCGAGAAUUUAGAUUGGCAAAGCCUUUCUCUAGAAGGGGGUUUGAGCCAAGACUUGAAGGAUGGGGAUGAGGAGGAUAUAGAAGUAGAGCUGAGAGAGUGUCUUGUUUAAAGCACAAGAAGGAGGCCAGUGUCAUAGGAUGGAAGGGGACUUAAGGGGAUCUAAAGUGUAAAAAAAAAAACUGUAUAAGCCAGAACAAAAAAAUCCUUCGUGGAUUUUUCUAUUAAUUCUUGGAAGUGAUGAGAAGCCAUAAGAUUUUAUUGAAUAAGGGAAUGAGAUGGUUGGAUCUCCAACUUACAAAAAUUGCUUUGGUGAUUGAAUGGAAGACAGCUGGAGAGGAGAGAGACUUGGGGCAGGCUGACCUAUCGCAAUAGUCCAGGAACAAGGUGAUGAGGGCUUGUCCCAGGAAGUUAGAAGUCUCAGAGGAGAACAGGGGAAUUAUUCUAGAAGAAGGUGACGAAAGCAGCCUGUGGCAGCUCAUGGGGGGAUGAGAGAUGGUCAGGAGUCAGGAAGACGCCCAGGUUUCAAGCCUGAGAGAUGAAGAAGAUGCUGGUACCCUCCAUAGUAACAGAGAAGUUUGGAGACAGGAAGGCUCUGGGGUGAAAAGACAGACUUGCUGAGUUUAGUUUGAAAUGGCUGAAAAGCAGUUGAGGAUGUAAGAUGGGAUCAGCAGAAGAGUGAGGGAUUGGGAAGUAAAAUUCAGAAUCAUCAGCAUAGAGAUGAUAAUUAAAUCUGUGUGAUUAGGGAAAUGACCAAACAAAUUGUAGUUUAUUAAAUGUAAUGUGAAACUGUUGUGUCAUGAGAAAUAAUAAACAUGAGAAACAUGUGAAGGCUUGUAUGGAUGGACUGAAUCACAGACCUAGAGCUGGAGGAAUCUUCAGAGACCAUCUAGUCCAACCUGCUCACUUUACAGCUGGCACAGAUGGAAAUCAAUAUAAUUAGAAGAACAAUCUACACAAUCACUCUAAUUAUAGGAACAAAAAUAACACUAAAGGGCGGCCAGACUCAAACUAAUUGCAGGGACCAAUCUAGGUUCCUGAGAAGAGAUGAUGAAACUCUCUUCCUUCUUCGGAGAAGAGAGGUAGGAGGUUAUGGGGGCUUCAUGGUAUAGAUGCCCGAGAUGCAGUUUUGUCAUUUGCUUUGAUUCUGCUGAAGUGCUUUUGUUUGUUACAAGAGAGCAUUCAGGGUUGGGGAGGAGAAUAUUGAAAGAUGACCACAGUCUGAAAAACAUGUAAGAAGGGUUUUAUGCUGACCUGAAACUAUAUUGCUAAAAUGGUUUUGCUGCUGAGUUUUGUUUUGUUUUUUAAUAUUAGCACAAUAAAAUGGUCUUGUUUCCUUGAGCUUACCUUGAGCAGAACCAAAGUUCUGGCUCACACUCAUUUUCAUGCUGAACCAGAAAGGAGUUUAGGAAUUAAUGUCUAGUUCUAAGUGAGUUAGUUGUCUGGAACAGAGGACUGUAAUUUCCUUCUAAAUACAGGGAUCAUCCUCAGCUCCUACAAUCAGUACCUUCACUGCACCUUAGCCAUAAACAGAGAUAGUCAUACAAAGGUAUGAUCAUCCUACCCAUCAUUGGUGGAACUUCCUGAUCCAGAAUUCUAAAAUUCUUGUCUUGGGUCUCUCAUCCUCUUUUAGACUCAGCUAGCAUCUCAGUGGAACAGUAAGUUAAACUCUAGCCUCAGACUCUUCCUAGCUUUGUGACCUUGGAUGAGUCACUUCACCUCUGCCCUGGUUUCUCCAUCUGUAAAAUGGGAUUAAUAACAAUUUCUAUUUCCCAGAGUUGUGGUGAAGAUCAAAGGAGAUAAUAUUUGUAAGGCGCUUAGCAUGGUACCUGGUAUAUUCUCUUCCCCUUGUCCAAUCAUCUGUCCCUCUGCUUUACUCCUCCUAAAUAUAUUUAUGUCUAUAUCUAUACCUCCCCUCAUCAAGACCUGUAGUCAUUCUGCCCUUUAUUUCCCAGUACAUCAGCCCUGCUCUGGCUUCCCUGUCUUCCCUUUGAAAUCUUAUAAUUAGCUCAACUUUAUGCCCUCUUGUCUUAUGCCACACAGGCUUUUCCAAACCCCAUUCUUAACCCAGAGCCCUUUGCCAGGUUCGUGUUGCCCAGCUGUCAGCCUGCUUUUAUCAGGGAGAGUUUCUAAGCUUCAGACCUCAACAGACUGGAGAGGAAGCAGCCAGCAUGGUCACCCUGGGAGGGGGAGCCCAAAGAGAUGAAGACCAGGAAAGAAUGUGUGGAACAAGACUAAAAGGACAUCCCUGGAUGAGCGGGAGACAGCCGAGGAGGUCACCCGGGCAGUCUCAGCAGACCCUUCAGAGGCAGGAGAUGCCCUUCACCAGAUGGGAGACCCGUAGUGGAGAAGCUAGUGAAGCCAUUUGAACUACAAAUCCCAGAAUACACCGUACUCCAGGGGUUUCCCGCCCCCCAACAGGAAGCUGGUGUUGCUAGGCGACACCAACUCCCGGUUGGGCCUUGACUCUACAAAAGCCUGAGACUUGGAUGGGACUUGAUCGCUGCGCGGCCGCUGGUGAAGCCUGAGCCAUGUGCGAGGGACCCUCCAAGAUCUCGGGGCCCAUCCCCCCGGACCCUACCUUGUUCCCCGACUACUACAAGCGCCCGGCCACCGCCCGAGGCCGCCUGGAGGGAAGUGCUCUGAAACUAGGCCUGGAGCCUCUCCGCCAGGGCACCCCCCUGGACCAGCCUGCGCCUCGAAUCCGCCCGGGAUCCCAGCGGGACAUGGUGGGUGUUCUGCUGCAGCUCCAGGAAGUCUCGCUGGACAGGGAGCCCUGCUCCAAGAGGAAAGACCCAAAAAACUAUGAGAAGGAGAAUGUGAGGCGGAUCCGAGAGAUCCAGAAACGGUGCCAGGAACAGGAGCGGAGACAAGACCCCCCCGGUCGGCCAAAGCCUCUCAAGGCCCUGUGGCGAUCCCCCAAGUAUGACAAAGUAGAAUCCCGGCUGAAAUUCAAACUGCAGGAGCCCUCCCCUGCCUCUGGACCAGAGGCGCCAUCAUUCCUGCGGGCAUAUUCCCGCUGUGGACCCGGGGUGCAGCCUCGUCGUAUGGCUUCCUCAGGCCUGGCUUUGCCCAGUACUGAUGGGGCCCAACCACCAGGCCCUGAUGCCAAGGAGCAAGGUGCCCCUGUGGACUUUAUCACUCAUAAUGCUCGUACAGCCAAAGCCGCCCCUCGGCGUCGGUCACGCUCCCUCCAGUGUCUGGCUGAGGUGCAGGAGCAGCAGCGGCGGGCCCAGGAGGAGUACAAUGUCAGGCAGAAAGGCCAUGUACCCCAAUACCUGGUGGAACGUAAAGAUCUGUGGCGCCGAGAAGCUGAAGAACGCCUGCGGAACCAGCCUGACCCUGACUUACCCCCAGGCCAUACCAUGAUGCCCGAGAGCCAGCGCCUGGAUACCUUGAACUCCCUUCUCCAGAGCCAACAAAAACUGCUUCGAGAUCUGGUGCUGCUACCUUCUGGGGCAGACUCCCUUCGAGCCCAGAACCACAAGGCUGAGCUAGAGAAGAAGCUUUCCCAGGUGGAGGAGGCUCUCAAGAUCUUUUCCCGAUCUAAAGUCUUUGUCAAGAUGGAUUCCUGAGAUCUUUCCUUUUGGCCGUAGGAUACUCUGAGGAGAAUAGUGCCUCAAGGCCUCCAGGACAGGAGCUGUCUUGACUCCUGGAAGGGAAAGCACUGGCACUUGUGACCCUGGCCCAACAUACAAUGGUAACCUUUUGGGCCCACAAAGUGGCAGCAGAAGGAACAGACCCAGGGAGCUGCUGUUAAGAAUUUUUUUUUUCUGUUUUUAAAUUAAACCUUUUUUACAUGA